UUUAAAUGCAAUCGUGGAAACCCGGGAUAAACCCUACGACUGGUGUGACCCUCCUGGAUCUGCCCCCAAACGUUGUACAUGUCACAGGGGUUGGUUCUCCAUUGAGACUAUUUUUUAAGUUUUGAGUUACAGGACCAACAAUGGCGACUCAGGAGAAGAGUGAAGUGAUUGAACCACCAACUACAGUAGACAAACAAUCAGAAAGUUACUCAUACACUACUUGGGCAGGUAAGAUACAAGAACAGUACCAGAAAGUGAAAGAGAAUGCAGAAACCUACCCCUAUGUUUGGGGUUCCUAUACUGUUGUAUACGGAGGAUUGGGGCUCUGGUUUGCCUAUAGAUGGCGAAGGCUCCGCAAAACAGAAGACAGAGUUAGAGUCCUUCAAGACAGACUUCGCAAACUUGUGCAAGCUGAAGAGUCGACAAGUUCAUCUGUAACCAAAGCACCCUCAUCUAGUGAUAAAUCAACAAGAUAGUUUGUGUUUCUCUUUUCGUUGAAGUUGUGUUUUUAUACAUUUUGCUUAAAAAAUGAGUUACCAAUGACUGCAGUUGGUCACACAAUUAUCGCGGCUUGAUGGAGAAAAAGCCCCUUGGUUAACAACAUAACAUACUGCAGUUUGCAUUUGUUUGACACAUUCUUUGUGAAAAUCCGCUUGUGUACAACAUAAUAGAGUAUACUGAAUUUGGUAAAACUAAACCGUCUUUUGCACCAAAA